AUGAGUGCAAGACAGUUGAAGAAGUUAGGAGGAAGAAGUCUUGAAGAUGAAUUAAAAAGAUUGGACAUAGAUGUUGAUGAAGAGAAACAAAAGACACCUGUGGAGGAAGAAAGUGAAGAAGAUGAUGAACCUGUAAAUAAAUCAAGUUUCAAUGCAUUUGCAUAUUUGAAUGGAGAUGACGAUGAAGAAGAUGAUGAUGAGAAUAAAAACGAAGUUGAUGAUGCUGAAGAAGAUAAGGAAAAAGGAGAGCUUGAAGCAACGAACAAUUCAAAAGUGGAAAAAAAUUCAGCUCCUUCUAUAACCAUUCCAUCUAAAAAGCUGAAGAAGAAAAAGAAGAAGUCUAAAACCACCAAAAAAUCACCAGAACCUGUAGAUACACAUGAUGGAAUUGAAGAGGAAGAUAAUGAUGAUGAACUAGAUAGAAUACUAGCGGAAGUUAAAGCGAAAGAAUCAAAAUCAAAGAAAUCAAAUUCGCAGCAAACAAAUAUAAAUUUUGAGGAAGAAUAUGAUUUAACAACAGACCCAAUUGAAUUUUAUGAUUCAAAUUUUAAAAAUUUUACAACAAAUGCUUUGAAAAAAUCAUUACCUUUAUUAUCAAUAAAUUCAUUCAAAAAUCUAGAUCCUGAUCAAGAAUAUAAAAAUUUAUUUGGAAAUUCAUUAUCAAUAGAAUUAAUAGAAGAUGCUAAUUCAACUACUUCUUUAGCUAUUUCACCUGAAGUUUUGGCACAAUUUAAAAAACUAGGGAAAAUGAUACGAAAUUGGGGUGGGAAAGAUCGUAGAAAUGUUCCUGGAACUUCUAGAAAGUUAUUACUUUCUAAGAUUAGAGAUGAUUGGUUACCUACUCAAUUAAAAAGUGUAACUAUGGAAGAAUUAAGUGAACAAAAAAUAGUGGAGCUUUAUCAGUAUAAAGAACAAGAUGUGGAUGAAGAAGAUAUAAUAAAAAAAGUAUCCAAUGAGAUGGAAUUGGGUGUAAAAUAUUUUAAAUUCAAUAAAGUCACAGACACAAAGAGUAGGAUUGCAAACACAAAGUUUUAUGCUUCAACUGUAUUAACACCUGAUCCAGAUUCGUUAAUGCAAUUAUUACAACAACAUCCAUAUCAUCAAGAAACUUUACUACAAGUAGCAAUGGUUUUACUUCGACAAGGUGAUAAUAAAGCCACCUCAAAUGCAUUAAUUGAAAGAGCUUUAUUCACAUUUGAUAGAAGUUUUCAUAGAGUUUUUCAUGAAUUAAUAUCAUCUGCACAAAAUGGAUUAAUAAGAUUACCAUAUGAAUUUUUUGCAAAUAGACAGUUUUAUUUAAACUUAUUUAGAUAUAUUGUUUCCCUUGGUGAAAGAUCAUUAUUUUUUACAGCUUUUACAUAUUGUAAAUUUUUAUUAAGUUUAUCACCAGCUGAAGAUCCAAUGGGUGUUAGAUAUUUCAUAGAUUUUUAUUGCAUAAUGAGUGAAGAAUAUGAAUAUUUGAUAGAAUUAUCAAAAUCUCCGUUAGUUACAUCAUAUACAAGAUGGUAUACCCCAGGGAUUGCAUACUCGACUGUGCUUGCUUAUUUGAAGUUAGCUAAACAAGAACAAGCAAUAGAAGAAUUGAAGAAAGCAUACGAAGCUUACCCCUUUGUUGCAUUUAAAUUACUUACAGAGGUUGGAUUAUCAAAUGAGUCUCGUUUGAAAGAUUCUGAUUUCAAACCUGAUCAUGAAAUUUUAGUUGCUUCAGAAACUUAUUUGAUAAGAGCCAAAUUAUUAUGGCAACCAUAUAUUGAAUUCUUGAGUCUGAAUUUAGAAAAAUUAUUUGCUACAAGACCUAAAAAGACUAAGGGUUCUUCGGGAUUUACACAGUCAAUAUUUGGAUUUUUAAAUUUGAAUAAAUCAACAGAAUCAAGCAAGCCAGAAGAAGUUCCUUUAAAUUUAAUUAGAUUUGCCAUAUUAUCCGGUGAGAAUAAGAUAAUGGCUAAAUUGCCCACUAAUUUGUGGAAUAGAGAUGAUAUAUUGGAAUAUGAUGUCUUACCACCAUCUGAACAAACACAACAAAAUUUAAUUACAGAUAAUUUGACUAAUCAAACUUCAAAUAUAUGUGAUUCAUUAAUUAAUUAUGUUGAUCAAGGACUUCUAGGAGAUAUUGUUCAACAAAAUACAACUCAUACUCUCCAAGAAGGGUUGAGUCCAGAAGAAGCUGCUCGCGUUGAAGAAUUAAUGAGACGUGCUUUUGCUGAAAGAGAUGAAAUUAUGGCAAGAGAUGCAAGAGAAAUUUUUGGAGAAGGAGAAUAA